GUCGGGCGGUGUGCUGAAUACCUCUGCGGCCGCCAUGGACAACUCCGGGAAGGAAGCGGAGGCGAUGGCGCUGCUGGCUGAGGCGGAGCGCAAAGUGAAGAACUCGCAGUCCUUCUUCUCCGGCCUGUUCGGCCAGGUCCCAAAAGAUGUUUCUGCCAGAAGCUUGUGAGCAUUUCUCGAAAAUCCCUCCACAGCCAGGAGUGGGCUCUGAAGAAGUCACUCCAGACCGAGACCCCAGGCCCAGGCGGCUCAUCCAAAGUAGAGGAAGCAUGCGAAAUCUAUGCCAGAGCAGCAAACAUGUUCAAGAUGGCCAAGAACUGGAGCGCUGCUGGAAACGCUUUCUGCCAGGCAGCCCAGCUGCACCUACAGCUCCAGAGUAAGCAUGACGCAGCCACCUGCUUCGUGGAUGCCGGUAAUGCAUUCAAGAAGGCCGACCCCCAAGAGGCCAUUAACUGUCUGAUGAGAGCCAUUGAGAUCUACACCGACAUGGGCCGAUUCACGAUCGCGGCCAAGCACCACAUCUCCAUUGCCGAGAUCUACGAGACGGAGCUCGUGGACAUUGAGAAGGCCAUCGCCCACUAUGAGCAGUCUGCAGACUACUACAAAGGCGAGGAGUCCAACAGCUCAGCCAACAAGUGUCUGCUGAAGGUGGCCGGCUACGCCGCACAGCUGGAGCAGUAUCAGAAGGCCAUCGACAUCUACGAGCAGGUGGGGACCAACGCCAUGGACAGCCCCCUCCUCAAGUACAGCGCCAAGGACUACUUCUUCAAGGCCGCCCUCUGCCACUUCUGCAUCGACAUGCUCAACGCCAAGCUCGCUGUCCAGAAGUACGAGGAACUGUUCCCAGCGUUCUCUGAUUCCCGGGAAUGCAAGCUGAUGAAAAAGUUGUUGGAAGCCCACGAGGAGCAGAAUGUGGACAGCUACACUGAGUCGGUGAAGGAAUACGACUCCAUCUCGCGGCUGGACCAGUGGCUCACCACCUUGCUGCUGCGCAUCAAGAAGACCAUCCAGGGCGACGAGGAGGACCUGCGCUAGGCUGCCCGCGGCACCGUCUCCGGAGCUGGGCCGGGCCUGGCACGAGUCCUCCGCCCCUUCUCUGCUGGGCUCUUGCAGGCCACAGUAGCAGUAGGCGGCUUGCACCGCCUCAGGGGCACCAGGGCCCAGGGCCUGCCGGCCGGACAGUCACUCUAUUCUCGCUACAUCCUUGCCCCCCGCCAGUUUAUUUAAGCCCCCAACGGUGCCCGUCUCCACCCUGAAACCCAGCUGUACAGAAUGUCGGUACAGACCUGUUUGCUGUGGGUGCUGUGGGGGCUGGGGGUCAGCAUCUGGCCCCCGUCUCCUGACCAGCAGAGUCGUGGGACUGGUUUCUCUCUCACUUCUGCCCCCAGCCGAGCCCUGAGCUCAUGUAGCUGCUGACACUUGCCCUCACUGCUGGGGGUGGGCUUCUUCCCCCUCUUCCCACCCUAUCCUGCAGCCCCAACCUCAGGUUAGACCCCAGGUUAGGCCCAUCUAGACCCAGCCCUGGAGCUCAGAGGGUCGCCCUCAGACCCACCCCUGCCUGCUCCUUUCCUCAUGCUUCGAGGUUUUGUCCAUCGGAAGCUGCAGCUGGCCCAAGAAAGAAAAUAAAAAGCAACACUUUCGCAUGA